UUAUUAUUACCCCCGUCUGACGCAGCCAACAAGCAGUGUUUGUCUAGCUGCCGCGAGAGAAGUUAGUUGCAGUUUAAAUCCCAACCCGAUCGUGUGCGUGUGUGCAUGAAAAGAUUGCCAAAAGGGCCAAAUUAACUUCCCCAAUAGAAAGCAAAUAGGAAAAACGCUUUCCUCCUGAACAAACCGGCUCCUUAUUGCGGUGCUGUCGUGGUGGACCGUCUGAUAAGGAGGGAGGCGGAAAGGCGACGUAGCAUUCUCGGAGGCAUCUUAGGCCUCGUUUCUUAAUUAUUCGCUAUCAGCUGUUGCCGAUCGCAAAGCCGCCAUGCAGCAUACAGUGCUGGCACUUUUCGCCCUUGCUGCGUUACUCAUCCCCGCGACGUACGGUGGACCGGAGGAGAACGAAGGCGUCAAGUAUGCGGAUCGCUGCGAGGCGUGCAAAAUACUCGCCACCGAACUGCAGGCCCGGCUCAGCGAAACGGGCCGCUCGCACGACGUCAUCGAGCUCGGCUACUCGGUGGACGAUGUGAAGCCCAAGAAGCGCACCGAGUACCGGCGGAGCGAGCUGCGGCUGCUCGAAACGCUCGAAAACGUGUGCGAGCGCAUCCUCGAGUACAACAUACACAAGGAGCGUAAGGACAGCACCCGGUUUGCCAAGGGCAUGUCGCAAACGUUCCAAACGCUGCACGGGCUGGUCGACAAGGGCGUCAAGGUGGACCUGGGCAUCCCGUACGAGCUGUGGGACAAACCGUCCGCCGAGAUUACGCAGAUGAAGACGCAGUGCGAAACGCUGAUCGAGCGGUACGAGGACGUGAUCGAGAAGUGGUACUUCGAGAAGCAGGAGCAGAAACCGCUGAUCGAGUACCUGUGCGAGGACAAUGUGCUCAAGAACGGCAACCACCAGUGCCUGUACGAGCAGCUGGAGGAAAAGAAGCAGCAGGAUGCCAAAGAGGAGCUGUGAGGGAAGCGAAAAGCUAAAUAGGAAGCGAUGGAAAUUAGUAUAGAAUAUUACAUUAAGCUAAAUAAUGGCGGCCACUGCCACGUGUUCGAAUUGUGAACAAAAUCUCCGAACAACGGUGUGAAUAAAGUAUAACAAAGGACGGUCGAAUUAAAA